AUGACUCGUGUACUUUUGACGGGUGGAAGCGGCUUCAUUGCCGCUCAUGUACUCGAGGUUCUUCUAGCCCGAGGCCACUCCGUUGUCACGACUGUUCGUUCCCAGACUAAGGCAGAUGCUAUUCGACGAGCUCACCCGGAAAUCGCCAACGACCGCUUGUCAUUUGCAAUUGUUGAAGACAUUGCUCAGCCAAACGCUUUUGACCAAGCAGUGGCCACGAACCCUCCCCUCGAGGCUGUCAUUCACACGGCCAGUCCAUAUCAUUUUCACGCUCAGGAUGCCCAGGAGCUCUUGAUUCCAGCCAUAACAGGCACAACAGGAAUUCUCAAGUCCGUGCAGAAACAUGCGCCUCUUGUGAAACGAGUAGUAGUUACCUCAUCUUUUGCUGCAAUCAACGAUGUUUUUGCCUCGUCUACCGACAAAGUUUACUCGGAGGCAGACUGGAGUCCUAUCACACAGGAACAGGCAAACGUCAGCCCCGCCAAUGCAUAUCGCGCAAGUAAAACGUUCGCUGAGAGGGCAGCGUGGGAGUUCAUUGAGAGAGAAAAGCCCAACUUCACGCUCUCCGUCAUCAACCCACCCCUCGUCCUGGGGCCCAUCGUCCACGAUCUUACCUCCCUUGAUACUCUCAACACCUCCAACCAGCGAAUCCGGGACCUCGUCUCCGGCACACCAAAGACCCCUUGCCCCCCGACAGGGAACUACCUCUUCGUCGACGUGCGCGAUCUCGGCCUAGCCCACGUCCUCGCCGUCGAGAAGGAAGCUGCCGGGGGGAAUCGGUUCUUCGUCGUCUCGAGUCAUUUCUCCAAUGCGGAGAUUGCGAAAAUCAUCGGAGAAGAAUUCCCCGAGUACAAGGUUCGAUUGCCAACGGGAGAUGCUUUGAAACCUGGGGAGUACCCCGCGGAUGGUGUGUAUGGGUUCGACAACACACGUGCGAGAGAGAUUUUGGGCAUUCAAUUCAGGCCUUUAAGGGAGAGUAUUGUUGAUGCUGUGAAGAGUCUGUUGCCUCUUGGUAUAGAUAAGAUCUGA